CUUCAACUGUCCAGAUCUCCAACACUUAUCUCUUUUGAUUCCAGAAUCUCUUUUAUUAUAACUCCCUUCUUUCCCCCAGGACAUGGCAAAUUAUUUCAUCUCCUAGCUUCUACCUAGCUUGCGUGCAGUUUGAGCCCAUACUAUCGAUCGUCACUAUCUCCGCAUCCGACCGCACCAUUUCUGCGUGUGGGCUCUGUACAGCUGUAAAAGCAUUCGCUAGCUUCCAGUCUAAUACUUGACUUUCUACCUCAACGACAGGGAUCUCCGGAUCUCCAAAUUUCCACCAUGGAGUCUGCCGAGGUUCGACAGCGCAAGCCACUGACCGCCAAGAAUCCCGGGGAGCUUCAAGAGCUCUCAACCAAACCACCUACCGAGCCCCGUCUCAAACAUGGCAUUCCCAUGCAGAUACUGCGCUCGCUUCUGCUGAUAACGUGGGCGGAUUGCUGUAUUAUGGCGAUUUGUGUGACGCAAUUAAUCGGGGCCCCGCUGUAUCUGAUCAACAGAUAUUACUAUUAUUCGUAUAUGGCAUAUACAAAACAAUGUUUUGGACUGGUUCUCAGUGCUGUCACUCAAUGGAGCUCUCCGACCCUCUUCCGGGUUAGUGGUGAUGCUAGCGUGCGUGGGCAAAUCCAUCUAUCGAAAGAUGGAUUGCUGGAGACCAGGUUCCCGGAGCGUCUCGUCAUGAUCUCGAACCACCAGGUUUACACUGAUUGGGUCUACCUCUGGUGGGUUGCAUACACCAACCAGAUGCAUGGCCGGAUCUUCAUCAUCCUGAAAGAGUCACUUAAGUAUAUCCCUAUCGUGGGCACUGGCAUGAUGUUCUACGGUUUUAUCUUCAUGGCUCGCAAGUGGAUGUCCGACAAGCCAAGGCUUCAGCAUCGCUUGGAUAAGCUGAGUACAGUAUACUCGGGCUCCAACUCAGCCCGCCCACAGUACGAUCCUAUGUGGCUGCUACUCUUCCCCGAGGGGACAAACCUGUCCCUCAAUACCAAGAGACGCAGCGACAUUUGGGGAAAGAAACAGGGACUGCCUUCAUUCAAGCACAUGAUUCUUCCCCGGUCUACGGGGUUGUUCUUCUGCCUUCAGCAGUUGCGAGGAACCGUAGACUGGGUGUACGACUGCACCAUGGCCUAUGAAGGACCACCAAAAGGAAGCUAUCCCGAUAAAUAUUUCACUCUCCGCUCCACAUAUCUGCAAGGACGACCGCCGACCUCAGUCAACAUGCAUUGGAGACGCUUCCAGGUCUCAAAGAUUCCUCUUGAUGACCAGAAGGAGUUUGAGGACUGGCUGACAGCACGAUGGGCCGAGAAGGAUCAGCUUAUGGAUCAGUACUUCGAAACAGGCCGCUUCCCAUCCGAAUUGGCCGGUUCGAUCAAAGCCGAUCAUGCAGUAGAUGGCCAGAAGGUUGCUGCUUCAGCUGGAUAUGUCGAGUCAUAUGGUCGCCUGCAUCACUGGAGUGAGCUUGGUCUUAUCUUUGUGGUGCUGGUCAGUGUUGCUUUCCUCUGCAAAUUUGUAACAAGCUGGGUGCAGUGAUGUGAAUAUCGCACCUAGCUAUCCCACUAGUAAAUUUAGUAAAUGCC